GUCUCACAAAUUUCGUUUGCUUCAUCUUUUUCGGAAAACACGAGSUUGUCGACAACGAUGGUUGCAUUGCCGGGUGCUGURCAACACGACAGAGCGGGAUCRCCGUAUUUUGCAGCAAGGWCUUUUUGUGGCUAAUAUUCCAGGAGAGGAAUUGGSAGUUCUGCCUUUCGUGGUUYWCAACAUGAAGCAACAUAAUGCUGCGACAAAAGACGGACGAAACUGCUGGGGCAGUGCUCGGGAACGAGAGCGCAUGAAAGCUCGUUUCAAUAUCCGGCAAAGAGUAAACCAUUCGAAUGCAGUGGUGGGUCCAUCGGUGUCGAAACCGUUGCCGGCCGGAGACGUUUUGAACACGGAAUAUAGCCACGAAGUCAUAUCCAAGUAUCUGUCGUACAUACUUCGAGGGGAUAAAUCUAAGUUUUCGACGACGUUUAUGGAUCGGCACUUUGGCRUCAUUUAUGCCCAGCAUUCCAUUCGAUGUCACAUCCUCGAGAAUCMAGACACACUAAGCAAGUCCCUCAAGGUAGCAAAAAAACUACGGGGACCCAGCUAUGUUCAGGCUCUGUCGCAGCACAUGGAAUCCGUAUCGACUUUUACGUUUAUGGAAUACGCCGUUUGGAUGGGGAAGUACAGCAUUGUUUCGGGGAUGCUGCACGGUGGUAUCAAUCCGUGUGUGCGUGGAAGUGCCAUCGUUUUUGGGUCUGUUCCAAGAUCUGGUCUCAAGAAACAGGACCAACUGCUGCUGCGGCAACGGCAACAAUUGACAGUGAUCGGAUCGAGAGUCUUGAAACGGUUUUUUGAUUGCUUCCCAUUGCGCCUUUCAACCUAUAUUGUAAAGCGAGUCGUGGAUAUGAGGAUAGUCGCUCGGGUAGAUUCGCAUUGGCAAAGAACGAACGAAAAUUGUAGCCUAAAUGCCAAAGAUGUUGAAUUUAUUAUUUGCAAUAAAAUGGAAGCAGAAAAAUCACACAAGGACGCAGCUACGUUUCGUUGUCCGAUUUGCUGCGACCAGAUAUCCAAUGAGUUCAAACUGCAGUUUGGUCGUUGCAAACACGUCUUUUGCGAAAUGUGCUUCUGGAAUGAUCUCAUGGUACACAUCGAUAGCCCAGAAAAAUGUGGUGGCACAGACGUAAUCUCGUGCSUCGCRUGCGGAGAAAUUGAGACUCGCGAAGACGCCCUUCUGCAGACAGACAGCAAUACUCGUUUUCUGCACGAAGACAUUUCGGAUCUUUCUCCCAUCGAAAAAUACAAAUUGUCAAUGGAGCGAUUGCAUCGACUGCCAGUAGACCAACACGAACUGAAGAAAAGAACGUCGAAAAAGAAGAGACUCUCCGAAGAGGAUUAUGUUGCCUCGAAUUGGCUCGAUGCGGUAUUUCCGUCCUUGGGUUCGACACAAGACAUACGAAAAGACAAAUUCAUGCUUCACGUGGAACGAAAUGCGAUCACCUAUGUCAAGGGAUGCCUUCUUUCGGGCGUCGAUGUGAACCAAGUGAACGAGUACGGCCAGUCGGCUGUUUACCUUGCGGCUUGGCGGGGAUACGAAGAGUUGGUGGCAUUGCUGCUUGGAUUCGGAGCCGAUCCUUGUAUACCCGCCAAUGGGGGAUCGACCGUGCGUGGUCUCUGUUCCGCCGGUUCCUGCCGAAAAAAUACAASGGUACUCGAGCUGUUGGAUCAAUACGAGAGCGCUCCUGCGGCRGGAACCAUUCGGAUCGGUUGCGACGCGAGGGACAGUGCCGAUACCCAACGGAUGCACCACCUUCCAACGAACAACCCGAUGUCACUUCUUGCCGAUGGUGGGAUUCUUCCAAACCACCCUAGACGCAGCAUAUUGAUUCCCUCAUCGUCCGACCAUCCGGGAGCGGGGUCUUGCUUUAUUGACGAAGCUAUUUCAUCGGAGACCACYGAUGCAUUGCUAGACCUGUUCCGUUCCCUCCCCRUAGAUACGAAUCAAAAGSAAAAGAAAAACUCUGCUCCUUGCUCGGACCGAUCCUAUUAUUGCGACACCGAGGGUUSGUUGCGGUUGUUGCUCGGCAACGCCGUCGUAAGGGGCGGACUGGCAUCUACCACGGAAUCCCUAGAAUGYGUGACCGAUACCAACCACUCUGCAGCCGACAACAAUGGCCAGGAAUCCCCGUCGCUGGUUCGGGUCUUUCCGCACAUGCGUUUUCUGCACUAUUCCCKGCCCGGCACAGUUCUGCCCCCGCACAUUGACCUCUGCCGCGUGAAUCCGUUUUGUCGCCCCUCCGACAAGCAGAAUCCGAGAUACCGGAGCACGCACACGUUCAUUCUGUACCUGACAGACUGCUUGAGCGGUGGCGAGACCGCGUUGCUGGAGGAGGUCACCGCCGACGGCAGCUCGCCCUCACUCGCCGUGGUAUCGCCAAGGCGGGGACGCCUGUUGGUAUUUCCGCACGUAACACCGCACGAGGGCAUGGAAGUGGGCAAUGUUCCAAAGAUUUUGCUGCGGGGAGAACUCCAAAUUCAUGGUACUUAGGAACACAAACGAAACCGGGAUGGUCUUUCGCAGUUCUCCACUGCAAGAAUUGUCAUAUUGCCUAUGUAAGGUAGGCAAACAAGCAAUACUAGUAGCCUCUAAGAACUAUAAGCAGCACUGGUAGCAGCUAGAUACAAAGUACACAUCCCCUUGGAAAAUAUUGAUUACAUUACUGCUGGYGUGUUCUASAGGAUCCCCACUUGUUAUUUUUUCUAUUGCGUUGUAUUAAAGUAAUGAGACAAAG